GAAGACAGUGCAGCCCUCCCCAGCUCCUCCGCUGUUCCCAGUCCUGUGUGGCUCGUUUGCUAUGCAUGAGUGCAGCUUUCUCUGGAGCGCGCGGGGCUGCCUUGCUGCUGGAAGUAGGAUCGGAUGCUCGCCUUCGAGAGCCACGCCGCUCAGCGCCACGCUCUGGACGGCCCCAAACUAGCCGGAUCUCCCGUCGGCGGGGAAGGUGGGAGGGAGGGAGCAGGGAGAGGCGGUGGGUCAUGGUCCGGAGACCGAGUGGAUUUCGGCCGGAGAGAUUCCUUCACCCCCUGUUUUGGGAGCAGGGCGCACUUUCUGGGAAGUGGGAGUUUCUCUAGGAGGACAUGAAUCAGCUGGACACGCCACGUCCCCUCAACUGGACCAUCCGAAAGCUCUGCCACGCCGCGUUCCUGCCCUCCGUCCGGCUGCUGAAGGCACAGAAAUCCUGGAUAGAGAGAGCCUUCAGCAAGCGAGAAUGUGUUCAUAUAAUAGUGAGCGCGAAAGACCACCAUAGGUGCUGUUGUGGACGCCUGAUUGGCCAGCAUGUUGGCCUGCCCCCCAGCAUCUCCACCAGUCAGAAUGACAAGAACGAGCGGCACCUGAAAAAUGACAGCCUGUCGGAGAAAUGGUCCAUCAGCAAACACACGCAGCUCAGCCCCACGGACGCCUUCGGCACCAUCGAGUUCCAGGGUGGAGGGCACUCCAACAAAGCAAUGUAUGUGCGCGUGUCAUAUGACACAAAGCCUGACCUCCUCUUGCACUUGAUGACGAAAGAAUGGCAGCUGGACCUUCCGAAGCUCCUCAUCUCUGUCCACGGGGGGCUGCAGAACUUCGAGCUGCAGCCCAAACUCAAGCAGGUCUUUGGCAAAGGGCUGAUUAAGGCGGCCAUGACAACAGGGGCCUGGAUCUUCACUGGGGGGGUCAACACAGGGGUCAUUCGUCACGUUGGGGAUGCACUGAAGGACCACGCCUCGAAAUCGCGGGGUAAGAUCUGCACCAUUGGCAUUGCCCCCUGGGGGAUCGUGGAGAACCAGGAGGACCUCAUCGGGAAAGACGUGGUCAGACCGUACCAGACCAUGUCCAACCCGCUGAGCAAGCUGACGGUCCUGAACAGCCUGCAUUCUCACUUCAUUCUGGCUGACAAUGGCACCACGGGGAAGUACGGCGCCGAGGUCAAACUACGCCGGCAGCUGGAGAAGCACAUCUCCCUGCAAAAGAUCAACACCAGAAUCGGGCAGGGUGUGCCUGUGGUGGCCCUCAUCGUGGAGGGCGGGCCCAACGUGAUCUCCAUCGUGCUGGAGUACCUGAGGGACACCCCGCCGGUGCCCGUCGUGGUCUGCGACGGCAGCGGCCGUGCCUCCGACAUCCUGGCAUUUGGACACAAAUACUCAGAGGAAGGAGGGAUCAUAAACGAGUCUUUGCGGGACCAGCUCCUCGUCACGAUCCAGAAGACAUUUAACUACAGCCGCACGCAGGCCCAGCACCUCUUCAUCAUCCUCAUGGAGUGCAUGAAGAAGAAGGAGCUGAUAACAGUGUUCCGCAUGGGGUCAGAGGGUCAUCAAGACAUUGACUUAGCCAUCCUCACUGCCCUCCUGAAAGGAGCCAAUGCGUCAGCCCCUGACCAGCUGAGCCUGGCCUUGGCAUGGAACAGGGUGGAUAUCGCCCGCAGUCAGAUCUUCAUCUACGGGCAGCAGUGGCCGGUGGGCUCACUGGAGCAGUCCAUGUUGGAUGCCCUGGUGUUGGACAGAGUGGACUUUGUGAAGCUGCUUAUCGAGAACGGGGUCAGCAUGCAUCGCUUCCUCACUCUCUCCAGGCUGGAGGAACUCUACAACACGAGACACGGACCGUCGAACACAUUGUAUCAUCUGGUCCGAGACGUCAAAAAGCAAGAAUAUCCAGGGUUCAGCUGGAUCUAUUUCAAGGGCAACCUCCCACCGGACUACCGGAUCAGUCUGAUUGACAUUGGCCUGGUGAUUGAGUACCUGAUGGGCGGAGCUUACCGGUGCAAUUACACCAGGAAAAGGUUUCGAACACUGUAUCACAAUCUCUUCGGCCCCAAGCGACCGAAAGCCCUCAAGCUAUUAGGAAUGGAGGAUGACAUGCCAAUAAGGAGAGGUCGGCAGAAGACCACCAGGAAGCGGGAAGAGGAGGUGGACAUUGACCUGGACGACCCCGAGAUCAACCACUUCCCCUUCCCGUUCCAUGAGCUGAUGGUGUGGGCUGUGCUCAUGAAGCGCCAGAAGAUGGCGCUGUUCUUCUGGCAGCAUGGAGAGGAGGCAAUGGCCAAAGCACUGGUAGCUUGCAAACUGUGCAAGGCCAUGGCCCACGAGGCCUCUGAAAAUGACAUGGUGGACGACAUCUCACAGGAGCUCAACCACAACUCCAGGGAGUUCGGUCAGCUCGCGGUGGAGCUGUUGGAUCAGUCCUACAAGCAGGAUGAGCAGAUGGCCAUGAAGCUGCUGACCUACGAGCUGAAGAACUGGAGCAACGCCACCUGCCUGCAGCUGGCGGUAGCAGCCAAGCACCGCGACUUCAUCGCGCACACCUGCAGCCAGAUGCUGCUGACGGACAUGUGGAUGGGCCGACUGCGCAUGCGCAAAAACUCUGGACUGAAGGUGAUCCUGGGCCUGCUGCUGCCUCCGUCCAUCCUGAGCCUGGAGUUCAAGAACAAGGACGAGAUGUCCUACAUGCCCCAGGACCAGGACACCUACCUGCAAGAGAAGGACGUGGAGGAGCCCGAGAAACCAGCCAAGGACAAGGAGGACGAGGACAUGGAGUUCACAGCCAUGCUGGGAAAAGUAACCACGGAAACAUCGCGAAAGAAGGACGUUGAGGAGGUCCAGAACAGGCAUAGGUUGAUCCCGUUCGGGCGAAAGAUCUACGAGUUCUACAACGCGCCCAUCGUCAAGUUUUGGUUCCACACUAUGGCCUACGUUGGGUACCUGAUGCUCUUCAACUACAUCGUGCUGGUCAAGAUGGACCUGUGGCCCUCGCCACAGGAGUGGAUCGUCAUCGCAUACAUAUUCACCAAUGGCAUCGAGAAGAUGAGAGAGAUCCUGAUGUCGGAACCUGGGAAGCUCCUGCAGAAGGUGAAGGUCUGGCUGCAGGAGUACUGGAACAUCACCGACCUCAUGGCCAUCCUCAUCUUCUCGGUCGGCAUGGUGCUCCGCCUCCAGGACCCGCCGUUCAUGAGCUACGGCCGCGUCAUCUACUGCGUCAACAUCAUCUACUGGUACAUCCGGCUGCUUGACAUCUUCGGGGUCAACAAGUACUUGGGCCCCUACGUCAUGAUGAUCGGCAAGAUGAUGAUUGACAUGAUGUACUUCGUCAUCAUCAUGCUUGUGGUGCUGAUGAGUUUCGGGGUGGCGCGGCAGGCCAUCCUCAACCCAAACGAGGACCCGUCCUGGAUGCUGGCGCGAAAUAUCUUCUUCAUGCCCUAUUGGAUGAUCUACGGAGAGGUGUUCGCCGACCAGAUUGACCCUCCGUGUGGACAGAACAUCACUGCGGAGGACGGCACCGUCGUGGCCCUGCCCCCCUGUAAGAUCGGAGCUUGGAUCGUCCCCGCCAUCAUGGCCUGCUACCUGCUGGUGGCCAACAUCCUGCUGGUCAACCUCCUGAUUGCAGUGUUCAAUAAUACCUUCUUCGAGGUGAAGUCCAUCUCUAACCAGGUGUGGAAGUUCCAGAGGUACCAGCUGAUCAUGACAUUCCACGAGCGGCCGGUCCUGCCCCCACCCCUCAUCAUCUUCAGUCACAUGACCAUGGUCCUGAAGCACCUCUGCUGCCGCUGGCGCAAGCACGAUGACGACGAGCGUGACUAUGGCCUCAAGCUUUUCAUCACGGAGGACGAGCUGAAGAAGGUGCAUGACUUUGAGGAGCAGUGCAUCGAGGAGUACUUCCGCGAGAAGGACGACCGCUUCAACUCCUCCAACGACGAGAGGAUCAGGGUGACGUCUGAAAGGGUGGAGAAUAUGGCCAUGCGUCUGGAGGAGGUGAAUGAGCGGGAGCACUUCAUGAAGGCCUCGCUGCAGACGGUGGACAUCCGGCUGGCACAGAUGGAGGAGCUUAUCACGCGUGUUGCCGUGGCGCUGGAGCGGGUGGCAGGCAUGGAGCGGGGCGAGGUCAACAAGGUGCGCUCUCGCACGUCCUCCGACUGCACCGACGCCGCCUACAUCCUGCGGCAGAGCAGCUUCAACAGCCAGGAGGGAAACGCCUACCGCAUCCAGGAGGCACUGGAGCAGACGGGCGAGGGGUCCAUCUCGCCCACCUCGCCCACCAUUGUCCCCCCGCGGGGACGCAGCCACUCCUUCUACGUAGGCGGGUCGCGGGAGAGGGGCGGCGGGAUGGAGCGGAUCGAGGGCUUCUUCAAGGAGCGCUCGCUCAGCCUGCACCGGGCCAACAGCUCGCAGUCGGUGGCCUCCGCCGCGCCCAAGGAGCCCAAACCCCUCCCCCUCAACACGCUGUCCGUCUCCCACCAGCACCGCCCCUCCUCCUGCAUCGACAUCUACGUGUCAGCGUCCGAGGAGGGGCAGCCACUAGAGGGCGAGCCCGACCCCCUGAGGAUGCCCGCCUUCCCGCGGGACGCCUCCCUGCACUCCGAGAUCAUGGAGGUGGUGCUGGCCAGGGGGGCUUACAGCGGCGCGGGCGAGGCGGGGCCGGUGGCGGACCGGCUCUCAGAAGGAACGGCCGUGUUCGAGGACAGUGCCGCGGUGGACCUGUCCCUGUGCUCCAGCCACCUGCUGCCCGACAGCCUGCCGCCCUGGGACCUGGAGCCGCCGCAGGCGCUGGAGCGCUCCAAGAGCAGCCGCUACCUGUCGGCCGCCGCACCACUCUUCCUGGAGGACCCGCCCAUGGUGAAGUCGCACAGCCUGAUGUUCACGCCGCGCGGGUAUUACGGCGGGCUGGGCGUGCAGGUGAAGGCGGCCGAGUACACCAGCAUCACCGACUGCAUCGACACGCGCUGCGUCUCCACGCCCCACGCCCCGCCCGAGCGCUCCGACUCACCCGGCGGCUCCUUCUUCGAGAAGGCCCCGGACAUGGGCGCCUCGCACCCAGAGAGGGAGGCGGAGCUCAGCCACGCCGAGUCGGACCCCGAGGACCCCGAGGCUCUGCCCGAGCCCCGCCGGUCGGCCACGGGGGGCAUGCUGGGAUACCAGGGCGGAGCCGGGAUGGGGCCAUUCAGUACACCCCUCUCCCGGCUGGAGCGGGCCAACAGCUGCUCGUCGGAGGACUCGCACACCGCCAACGCCCAUGCCCGCAAGAGCUUCUCCAUCAGCGAGAAGAUGGACAGGCAGAGGAACUCUCGCAACCCCUUCCAAAGGAGCAAGUCCACCACCAAGCCAGAGGGUAAGAUGGACACCCUGUCCAUGAGGAAGCUGACCAAGCCCUCCGCCUUCCGUAGCUUCGACAGCAGGCAGAACUACACGUAAUGGGCCCGGCACCACCACCCCACAACCACACCACCCCACCCCCACUCACGCCCCUUCCUGCCUCCCCCAGAGAUACUUGUCCAAAGGCUAAUGAACUGGGGAUGACCUUGUCCAACUCCGCACGAGAGCAGCGUUGUUCGAUACCCACCCGCCGUCAGUUUCACCCACAGUCUUUUGACAUAAAUGAAGCCAUUUCCGUCCCUGCCUGCAUCACUAGGGAAAGCAUACGAAGAUCGUGUUCAUUUCUUUGAUUUUUAAAAAAGUGCAAUGUAUUAUGGAGAAACAGAACUAGAGCAGAGGUGCCAUCGACAAACCAAAAAAAAAAGAAUAUUCACUGGGGACAGAAGAGGAGGGAAUUUCAAAUAUUAUUUCUUCCACAAGGACAAUCAUGGUUUGUGUUUAUGUGUUUUCCUUAACAGACGUACUGUUGUCACAGCCUAGAGAAUGUCAAGUGUCAAUCAUAGAAAAUAUUCUUUUUUUUGUUUUUUUGGUUUUGAUCGUUUUACCA